UAUAUAAUUUAUUCAAUAUGAAAAUGUACAUAAUAAAUGUAAACAUAAUAUCCAGGUAGUACCUGACAUCAUGUCCAUCCGGGUCUGGGUCCAGUCUGGGACAGUAAGCAGUGCCAGCUGCUGGAGGCCACCCUCCUGCAGGCAGCCUCCUGUACUCUCAAGAGUCUUUGGGUAUCUCUAGGCCUUGGUUUCCUCAUCUAUAUAGUAAAAAUAUUAAUAGUGGUACCCACUACACUAGUGUGUCCACGAGGAUGUAAAUGACUUGAUGGGCAUAAAACACUUAGAAUUGUGGCUUGCACUCAUCAGGGGGCUUGGUAGGUGUUACUUAUUAUCAUCAUGAUUAUGAAUACUUGAUGAUGGUAACGUGCUAUUCACUAAUUAUAAUAAUGGAACAGUAGUAAAGCACCUAUAGUAUCUAGUUACAUAAGUAAUGUUAUUCAUUAUAAUUCAUAUGCAUUGUAUAUUGUCUUAUAUAUUGUGUAUCACCAUGUUUGUUAUUUUAAAUGCAUAAUAUAUUACAAUUAUUGUUCACAAUACAAUGUAAAUACACAUUGAGUGUACAGGGGGUAGAUGCUCAGAGGUCUGAAUUCAAUACUCACUCACUCACUGUGCCACUUCCUGGGUGGGACUUUCAGCAAGUCACUCAAACAUGUGGUGCCUCAGCUUUCUCACCGGCAUGAUGGGGACGUCAAUAAUAGUACCCACUUCGGAGGGACCCUGCAGGUGGUUCAAUGCCCUCACCCAGAGCCUGGCACAGAGAAGGCACUCUGAGUCGCUACUAUUAUGGAAUCAUAAUUAGCAGGCCCUGUGCUAUCUGGGCACUGCACUCACCUCUCACAGGCCACGUGCUGUGUAUGCCUGUGAGAGUCUCAGUGUCCCAGGACCCUGACCUGGCUCCUCUCUUGCUCUCUUCUCCCUCCCCCGGGUCUUCUUUCUGUCCUCCCACCAGGACAUCCAGGCCCGCUCAGCCUCCUGGAAGACAGACAGCAUGUGUUCCACUGAGGCCGGCAGUCGACCAGAAAAUGUGAGGAAGAACCGCUACAAAGAUGUGCUGCCAUGUGAUCCUGAUGGCCUGUCAGGAGAUUGAAAAUGGGCGGAAAAAGUGUGAGCGUUAUUGGGCCCAAGAACAGGAGCCACUGCAGAUUGGGCUUUUCUGCAUCACUCUGACAAGGGAGACAUGGCUGAAUGCAGACACCACGCUCAGGACCCUUCAGGUCACCUUCCAGAAGGAAUCCCGCUCUGUGUACCAGCUGCAGUAUAUGUCCUGGCCAGACAGAGGGGUCCCUAGCAAUCCCGACCACGUGCUCGCCAUGGUGGAGGAAGCCCGGCGCCUCCAGGGAUCUGGCCCCAGCCCCCUCUGUGUCCACUGCAGCGCGGGCUGUGGGCGAACAGGUGUCCUGUGCACCCUGGAUUAUGUGAGACAGUUGCUCCUGACCCAGAUGAUCCCACCUAACUUCAGCCUCUUCAGUGUGGUCCUCGAGAUUCGGAGGCAGCGGCCUGCAGCCAUACAGACAGAGGAGCAGUACAGGUUCCUGUACCACACAGUGGCUCAGAUGUUCCUCUCAGCGCUCCAAAAUGCCAGCCCUCACUACCAGAACCUCAAGGAGAAUUGUGCCCCACUCUACGAUGAUGCCUUCUCCCUCCGGACUUCCCACACCCUUCCUGCCACAGCCCGCCCAUCUGGCGGGGUCCUCAGGAGCAUCUCGGUACCCGGGCCCCCGGGCCUCGCCAUGGCCGACACGUACGCUGUGGUGCAGAAGCGCGCGGCCCCCGCGGGCACCGGGACAGGGGCGGGCGCGCGGGCGCGCGGCGCGGAGGAGACGCCCCUCUACAGCCAGGUGAUGCCGCGCGCCCGGCGGCCCCAGGCGCACGCGGAGGACGGGCGCGGGCCGCUGCCCGGCCGCGUUCCUGUUGACCAAAGCCCAGCAGGGCCUGGCGCCUACGAGGACGUGGUAGAUGGAGCUCAGACUGGUGGGCUAGGCUUCAACCUGCGCAUUGGAAGGCCUAAAGGACCCCGGGACCCGCCUGCUGAGUGGACCCGCGUGUGAGUGCAGCGCCCUUGCCUGCCUGUUGGGUGCCUGGUCCACGUGGGUUCCUGGACUGCUGAGGGCCGUGCUCUACUCUGUGACGUGCUGGGAAUGGGGUUGCUGGGCUGAAUCAAAAUAAAAGUUUCUCAGUGUGGAAAAUA